AUGGGCCUGGGAAUUGGCGUAAUCUUCCUAAGAAUGCUGUUGAGGCCUUUUUGUUGGGAUGUUUUUGUAGGACUUCAAAGAUGUGGGAAAAGUUGUAGGCUUCGGUGGACUAAUUAUCUGAGGCCUGAUAUUAAGAGAGGAAGGUUUUCUUUUGAGGAAGAAGAGACUAUAAUCCAAUUGCAUAGUGUCUUGGGAAACAAAUGGUCGGCAAUAGCGGCUCGUUUACCUGGAAGAACAGAUAACGAGAUCAAGAACUACUGGAAUACUCACAUUAGAAAAAAACUCCUUCGAAUGGGAAUCGACCCUGUAACCCACACUCCACGAAUCGAUCUUCUCGAUCUAUCCUCCAUCAUCGCCACGGCCAUCCGCAGCCACCCAAUCCUCGGUCUCUCGACGUUAUUAAACAACCAAGUUCAAACUCUAAACCCUGAAUCUCUAAGGCUAAUUUCCACCCUCUUAGCCCUCAAACAAGAAAGAGACCCAAAUGCCAACAAUUCCCAUCUCCAAAAUCAAGAUCAUGCUCAAAUUCAAGCUCAAAUGGACACAUUAUCACAACUCUUACAGCCCAACGAGGAAUUCAAUAAUAACACAAACUCUUCAAUGAUACCCAUCACAAACUUCGUUGAGUACUCAAAUUCUCAAGAACAUAUGAAUUUCUUAGCUCCAAAUUUGAGUGGUGAUGAUGGCUUGAUACCUAUGGCUUCAGAUUUAGGGUUUGAAUCGGUUAUAUCAACGCCAAAAUCAAGCCCCACGCCGUUGAAUUCUUCAUCUACUUGCAUAAACAACAGCAGCCAUGAGGAUGAGAGAGACAGUUUUUGUAGUAAUUUUUUGCAGUUUGAAAUUCCUGAAGGCUUGGACUUUAAUGAUCUCAUGUAAUUUUUUUUUUUGGAUAUUUAGGGGUUUUUUUUGUUUUUUUUGUGUAUCUUAAUUUCCACGAUGAAUCAAAUUGAACUAAUCGUAUAAUAUACGGUGGAUUGAUUCUGGUUGUACUAAUUAUGUUUCUAAUACGAUGUUGAUUCUUUAUGAUUCGGAACUAACUACACAAACCCAGAUGAAAAAUUCAUUUUUAUGAAAAACCGAGUUAAAGUUGCAAUUGAAAAGGUUUUAACAUUGAACAAGUAGACCGCACACUGUUCUUUCUCCAUCUCAAGCAAUAUUCAUAGAGACAGAUUUGUGUUAAGAUUCUUUGUUCCAAGAAACUCUCCCCUCAAGUUGUUCUUUCUAUUUCAUUUAUUUGUUUCAGUAUAUUUAGAUCGUGUGUCAUAUCAAACA